AUGGAGCCAAACGUGCAAGUGAUAGCGAAGAGAAUAUGGAGUAUAGUACGUGUGGCUUUCUUCAUGACGAGAAAAGGCAUAUCAAAGAGGAAGCUAAUGCUCGACCUCAACAUGGUGAUGAAGCGUGGCAAGAUCGCCGGCAAAGCCAUCAGCAACCUCAUGUUCCACCACCACCACGCUUCUAAUUCGGCUGCCCCGCGUGAGUACGAGUUCAGCUGCAGCAACACCCCUAGCUACGCCUUCCACCUCAACAACAAGCGCCGCCACCACAGCCACAGCCACUUCUUCGCUUGCGCCCAAGAGCCCGUGACCCUGGACGAUGACACGGCCACUGUGAAUGCCGUUAAGGCUGUGCUGUUGGAGAUGCUGAACAACAACGAAUCUGUGGCAGUGGAGGCGUCACCGGCCCUGCCGGGCUUCGGGCGGAGCCCCAUGCAGGCGAGGCAGCUAAGGAUAACCGACUCACCGUUCCCGUUGAGGGACGCCGACGAGGACCCCCAUGUGGACAAGGCUGCCGAAGAGUUCAUAGAGAGGUUUUACAAGCAGCUGAAGCAGCAAAAGAGAACCUCGGAGUGA